CGAGCGCGGGAGGGAGGAGCAGCUCCGCUCCCCGUGUCUGCCCGCUCUCUCAACUUAUCAUAUAAGGGCCGGGAAGGGAUUGAUCAGGGUGCUAAGGCGGCAGGAGCUCGGAAGGGAAGGCAGCGGGCCGGUGGGCCAGGCGGGGCCGGCCCAGCUGCUUCCCUGACAGCUGCGGGCACGGCGGGAGCGGCCGCACCGCCCCGGGCGUCUGAGGGAGGGAGGGAGGGAGGGAAACUCAGUCCUGCCCUGCCCUGCCCUGCCCUGGCGGCACAUGGCAGCAGAGCGCUCGGCUGCUCCGCAGGUUAACUAGGGCCGGGCUCCGGCCGGCGCACCCAGGCUCUCUCGGUCCGCCGGGUUGCCGCAGGGAUUAAAAUGCAGCUGGCUGCCUGCUUCUUUUUGGGCUGCGGUAUCUUCCUAGCUUCAGGAUACAACUCCUUCAGUAAGAGUAUGGAGACGAUAGGCAAGAAGCAGUACCAGGUUCAGCAUGGGUCGUGCAGCUACACCUUCCUCCUGCCCGAGACGGACAAUUGCCGGUCCUCCACUCCGUACGUGUCCAACGCGGUGCAGAGGGAUGCGCCGCUGGACUAUGAUGAUUCAGUUCAAAGACUGCAGCUACUUGAGAACAUCAUGGAAAACAACACUCAGUGGCUAAUGAAGCUUGAGAAUUACAUCCAAGACAGUAUGAAGAAAGAAAUGGUAGAGAUCCAGCAAACUGCAGUGCAGAACCAGACUGCAGUAAUGAUUGAAAUAGGCACAAACUUACUAAAUCAAACAGCUGAACAGACCCGCAAAUUAACAGAUGUUGAAGCACAAGUAUUAAACCAGACAACCAGACUUGAACUUCAGCUUUUGGAACACUCUCUUUCAACAAACAAACUUGAAAGACAGAUUUCAGAUCAGACCAAUGAGAUAACAAAAUUACAAGAAAAAAACAGCUUUCUAGAAAAAAGAGUUCUUGAGAUGGAAGACAAGCACACACUUCAGCUGAAGUCAAUAAAAGAUGAAAAAGAUCAGCUUCAAGUCCUAGUAUCGAGACAGAAUUCUAUUAUAGAAGAACUAGAAAAACAGUUAGUUACAGCUACAGUAAACAACUCAGUUCUGCAAAAACAACAACAUGAUCUGAUGGAGACCGUUCAUAACUUGCUUACUAUGAUAUCUACACCAAACUCUAAAAACAACUUCAUAGCUAAAGAGGAGCAAAUCAGCUUCAAGGACUGUGCUGAAGCUUUCAAAUCUGGACUGACAACAAGUGGAAUCUACACUUUAACAGUUUCAAACACGGCACAAGAAAAGAAGGCCUACUGUGACAUGGAAACUGGUGGAGGAGGUUGGACAGUUAUUCAGAGACGUGAAGAUGGCAGUGUGGACUUUCACCGGACAUGGAAAGAGUACAAGAUGGGAUUUGGUGAUCCUGCUGGGGAAUACUGGCUGGGAAAUGAGUUUGUUUCUCAACUGACUAAUCAGAAGCGUUAUGUUCUUAAAAUACACCUGAAAGACUGGGAAGGAAAUGAGGCAUAUUCAUUGUAUGACCACUUCUCUCUAGCAAGUGAAGAACUAAAAUACAGGAUUUACCUUAAAGGACUUACUGGGACAGCGGGCAAAAUAAGCAGUAUAAGCCAACCAGGAAAUGAUUUUAGCACAAAGGAUGCAGACAAUGACAAAUGUAUUUGCAAAUGUUCACAAAUGUUAACAGGAGGAUGGUGGUUUGAUGCUUGUGGUCCUUCUAACCUCAAUGGAAUGUAUUAUCCAUUACGACAGAACAACAACAAGUUUAAUGGGAUCAAGUGGUACUACUGGAAGGGUUCGGGAUACUCUCUCAAAGCUACAACUAUGAUGAUACGACCAGCAGAUUUCUAAAUGUUUUUGAAUUAUGUGAAUUGUAUAGUCUUCAAAGACUUAAUUUGCCAAGCAUACAAACACACAUCUGCAACUUGUCUCAUUUUUCAAGCCCAGAAAACAUGCACUAGUCUUCUGAAGGGGUCAGUUCAGUAUAAUUCCUGAAUUGCAAUAGCCUUGAUCAGCUAAAGCUCAUAUUAUUUAACCAGACACAAAGUCUAAAGUAUCAACCUGAUAUAACAGUGAUUUGGCCAAAUGACUGAAUAAAAAGAACAUCCAAGAAACUGGCAGACAAGGACUCUGUUUUACCAAUCAUUUAUGCUAUGUAUGUGUUAGUAAGUAACUGGAACUGUGAAAAAAACCUAAAAUAGUUUUAGAAAUACGCGUUUUGCCUCACCACUGUACUUUAAACAUUAAUAUAAAACACUUAGCUAGAUCUAGAACUAUUUAUCUUUAUCUUUCUGUGUCAUGUUUGCCCUUUAUGUAUAUAAAAAAAUAUUUUCCUGUAAUUAGCUCAAUACUGUAGUCAGAGAAUACAUUCUUUCCCUCCAUAAUCUCCUAAACAAUUCUUACAUUUAUUUGGGGAUUUUUUCCAAUAGCCUAUAUUAUGUUAUUUAACAGAGGAAAAAUAGCAUUUGAAUAGUUUGCAUUUAUUCUUGGGGAAAUACCAUGUACAAAACCCACCAUUUCUUUCAGUUUGUACUAUUACAGUAAACUAUCUUUAAAUUACAAAAAUCUCUAUAAAUUACAAUAUAGUAUGUAUUUCUUUAUAUUUUUAUGAAGAUUGCACCUUUUUUCUUCCCUUGUCAUUUACCUGUAAAAUAAUUGAUCAGUAUUCUACAAACUGAGACAACGGCAUUAACACCAGAUGUCCGGUUGUUUAUGACAAUCAUUUAUCACCUGGUGCUGUAGUAUAUCUAUAUGUUUUGUAAAAAUAACUUAUCUGAAAAACAUAUGCAUGUUCUUUGAUACAAUUAAAAUUAUGCUUAUGAUACAAAUGACUACAUUUUAAAAACAGGAAACAAAAAUCUGAAAGUAAUCUAAAAGGUCACACUUGUUUUUUUUCAGUAAGGUUAGGAAUUCUCCCUAAAAAUUCUCUGUAGGUAGGCCCUUAAUGUAUGCCACAAUGUGAAUAAAUUACUUUACUAGGUGA